GUUGCUUCAGCAACUGAAUAUGCUUCUUGUGUCUGCUGUGAACUUGAUAUUGAAACUCUGUUUAAAUUAAUGAGCUUGGGUUUCAGUUUUGAAUUAAAAUAAAGACUCCACGAAGUGUAAGUGUUAGCUAGUUUGUAAUGUUUUUGAAUUAAUAGUUAUUUUAAAACGCGCAAACAUUUUAUUAGCAACGCGAGCUAACAAACAAACAGACAUGGGGUUGUCAGAAGAAGAUGAGCUGAAAAGCCUAGUGGCUAAAAAGUCAGAAGAGAUUUUUAUGGAAGUCUUGUCAAAGCUGAAAGACCUUUUAGGCAGAAAGUCUGUAGGAGACCAGAAGGAUUUGGAGAAAUUCAAACAAGACCUUUACAGCUACAGAGUCCUGGAAUACUGCUCUUCUGCACUCAAAUUCAAUCCUGCCAAAAUUAAAGGAAGUUAUACUUCCAUUACACAAAUGGCAGACAUGCUCAGCACGUGCUGUGUAGGUAUCGGCUCUGUACAAGAGCGAGAAGCGUUUCAUCGUCAGUUUCUUCCAUCUGUCACGGACAACAUCCUGUUCCUCGCCCACCGCAUCAUGAACAGAGCAAUAAGGGAUAAAGGACAAACUGAGAUGAUUCGUCUCUUUCGGACCAUCUUUAAUUCUCUCAGCUGGCUUCUUCGAGCUCACACGCAUCUAAUUCCUUGUGUUCUCGAUUCCAGAUAUUAUGAGAGUGUACAGAUGAGCGAUGAUGACGAAAUCUCGGCAGUUAUACUAACCAUGUGGUACAAUCUGUUCAGGACUAACAGUUCACUUGUAUCUGAGAUGGCCAGUAAAGCGCUGUACAGUAUUGUAGAUGACGUCGUGUAUAAAAUGUCAAGCAGCUCUAACCCUGUGAUCGGCAGCGCUGCUGUAAAGAUUUUGCUGUUGAUCAUAGAGCACAAGAGUUCCUCCGUUACUUUGCGGCUUCACGAACGCUACAAAGGGCUGGAUGAUAUGGUGCAAAAGGACUGGCGAGGUAAAGGCUUCGAUGCAGCAAUGAGGCAACUCCUUCAUCGACUGCAGUCUGAAGAUCCAGAACAACAUACUCAGUAUCAAUACUCGUCUGAGGAGAGGGUUCGAGCCGCCUGCGUGAUCCAGGCUGCAUGGAGAGCUCAUCAGACCCGACGCAGGUUGAAGAAACUCCCCAGAGCCGUGAGUGCGUUACAGCGGAGCUUCAGAGAGAGGAGACGCCAGAGACAGGCAGAGAUAGAGAAAAGUCUUGCAGAGGAAGAACUGCGUCAUCAAGUGCGUCUACGCAGACAGAGAGCGAUUCGGCAGUUCCGCCAGCGGCAGCUUCAUCUGAUGGAGAUUCUGCCUGCAGAGCACCUGGCACAGUUCCUGGGUGAGCUGGAGAACCGAGCAGCUCUGCUGAUUCAGAGAGUGUGGAGAGGACACCGAGAGAGACGGCGGUUUGAGCAGAACAGAUAUCAUCUCAGACAGCACAAAGCUGCGGUGACUCUGCAGAGAGCAAUUCUGGCGUUCCUAAAGCGACGGCGAUCUCAGAGGAGCUUUGUCGCACCAUGGAAAAGCCCCAAAGGCCUGACUGAGAGCAGAAGGGCAGAACUGAAGAGACAGAUAGAAGACCACGUCUCUCUUCACCCCUCCUCCGUGGUGUCUGCAGAUGGUACUCUAGCGCUCCAUGAGAAAGCUCAGCGCGCGCUGCAGCAGCACUUGAUGACGAGAGCUUCGGAUCGGGCUCAGGAGCAGCACCGCCAGGCUCUCGUGGCUCAGAUCAAUACAGACCUGGAGCUCCUGCUGAAUGCUCCGUCAUUAAAAGACAUGCACGAGGAAGACUCCUGCCUCUUCGUGAGUCGCUCCGCUCCUGUGGCCAUGCGUGCCCGGCAAGCCCACAACACCUCGCUUCAGAGCAUGCGCCUGCCCUGGUGGAGGAAGCUGGGAGACGAUUUCUCCAGUCUGGAGUCACCGUCUGAGAAAGACUAUGAUGUGGAGUUUGAGACGUUAUAUCUGGGCGGCAGCAUCUCCGUUCCUUGAUUACGGCACACAGAACAGAAACCGUGGUUGAGGAGGACAGCUGGGAUCCUUGCACCGUCCCAGAACUUCAAGACAAAUAAAUAUGAUGCAGUUGCAUGCUCUCGACUCAUUCACAGAUAGCUUUUAUUUUUCAGUAGUUACACAUAUGUUAGCAAGCACCAUGACGAGUUCAAAUACAGGAAAGUAAGAGGAAAGAGCAUCCCAGUUUAUACGUAUUGUACUUUAAAGACAAUUAUGCUGCAUUAUAAUAUUACAGUAAUAAGCCACAGAGACAUCACAUGAAACAUUCUAUAAAGAUCAUGAGAGAUUAUCGGGUUGCCAGGUCCACAGACUAGGAAUUUUUCAUACCUCUGAUUUUAAUAUUGUUUUUGAAAUCCAAAUAGAGCUUACUUUUAUAAAUAUUUUGGAUUUUAAGUGCUCUCAGGGAUGAUGUCGUUUCUGAUUGAUUUUAUUGACUAUUUAUUAUGCAGACCUGGCAACUCUAAUUAAAGGUCCGGUCCUACGGACAAAGCCAAGAUGAAAAAAAGAUUUAAGUGCAUCGUUGGUUCAGUCAGCUUCUGCUCGAGGCAAAAUGUCAAAUGUGGGUCAUAACCGCAUUGCUGAAUGAAUAUACAAGCAGGAAGCGAAUGUACACGCAAGCAGUUUUAAUAUUUCACGACUUGCACUGGUUCAUACAAUAAUCUCAGCGGUGCGACAAAAAAUGUCAGGAGACAACAGGAAAAGGUCUCGUUUGCCAAUUAGUAGGCUAUGUCGUAUGAGAAGAUGCCAAGGUUAAGAUUAAACACAUUUUAGGGAUAUGUCUGAGGUUAGUAGUCUUUUUUUUUUAAAUUUAAUUUAUUAAUUUAAUUUAGAUUUCAUCUCCCUUCCAACAGACCUGAAAUCCUUUUUUUUUUUUAAAGACUGUGUCGACAUGAAUGAUUUGUGAAAACUACUUUUUCAAAAACAUCCAUAUAUUUGUAGACCUAGAAUUCGUCUAAGAUCCUGAUGUUCUCCCUGUUUUGUAAAACAAUGUAGAAAGUCUGCAGACUUGACUGAAUUAAUCUGAAUUGGUUUAAUUUAAUUACCAAAAAAACUUUUAAUGCUUUACAUGGAAGAUAAGAUGAGCUCUUGAGCUGAGAAAAACAGAAUUGUACAGGAAAUGACUGAUUAAAGAAUAUUCUUCAAAUACACACAAUAAUUGGGCAGUUAGGUCAUGUGAUCGACCACAUGUACUUGGGCUGGGUUGCACCAAGUUUUCCAUUAGGCCUGUUUAAAAGGAAUGGGUGGAGCCUGCUGACCAGCUAGCCCCUCCCACCCAUUAUGAGUGGCUUGCUCUGACACAACCUCCGCACUCGUGGGUCCUUGGCCUUGCAGAAGUGAGCAUGGCGAAGCGGAGGCGGAAUCUGCAUCAGGCCGCUCCUCCUGACACUGGGCGGAGCUCACAACGCCUCCUGGAGGAGUGGAGGACACACCACAGCCACUCACCGUCCACAGGCAGGGGUACUGACUGAAAGAACGAGGAAAAUGGCUCCAUUAUUUCACAGAAAAAUACCUGAAAUGCCACACAUCAGCACACCAGACUCAUCAGGUGCAUCGAGGGCACUGAAUGAGCCGCGAGGUCAGGAUGCAUCCUGGUGGUAAACAUGUGAUUAAUGUUGUAUCACAGGGUGAAAGGUCACUGUUUGAGUGCUGCGCCAGUUCUGACCUGCUGACUCCAGGUGAGUUUGUACCAGAUGGCACUGACAGCACCGCAGCAGGACCAGGAGGAGAAACACCCGUCCAGGUCUCAUGGCCCGGGAACACCUGCAGAGCACCUGGACUCAGACCUUCAGACAGAGACACUACGGAAAGAACCAGAAAAUUAAAUAACAUGAUGGAGGAGGAUGUUUGACGUUCCCGUGAAGCAUGUUCUUACUCGUACUAACAAAAAAGUCCGAUAUGAACCUGAAGCCAUAUUAAGAGCAGAGACACAUUAUAAACUAGUGAGGAAAAUGAAAGAGGGAAUAAGAGAAAGGCAAGCAUCAUGGGAAGAAAGAAACAAGUGGAGAGGGGGAAUAAAAUGGGAAACUAAAUGAAAGGAGGAGGAAAAAGAUGAAUAAAGAAAGAAAAUAAAGAGAACUAAAAGUGAAAAAAGAUGAAUGGAGAGCAUAAAACAGAAAAUGGGAAACUAAAUGAAACAAAGGGGGGAAAGAUGAAUAAAAAGAAAAACAAAUGGAAAACUAAAUGAAAGAAAAAAGAUGAAUAGAGAGAACAAAAUAGAAAAUGGGAAACUAAAUGAAAGUAAGGGGGGAAAUUGAAUAAAGAGAGCAAAUAAAAAGAGAAACAAAUAGGAAACUAAAUGAAAGAAAAGAGGACAAAGGAUGAAAAAGAAUCAAACAAAAAUGGGAAACUAAAUUGAAGGAAGGAAGGAAGGAAGGAAAGGUGGAAAAAGAAGAUAAAGAGGGGGAAAAGGUCAAUUAAAAAGAGACAUUAAAACAAACACGUGAAACUAAAUGAAAAAGAAAACAUGAAAAGAAGUAAAGAGGGCAAAUAAAACAUAGGAAAGUAAAAAAGAAAAAUUUAAAUGGUGAGUAAAGAGAUAAAGCAGAAAGAGGGAAAAGGGAAGGAAGACAUAUAGAAAUAAAGAAAAAAUGAAAUAUGGUAAAUAUUAUAGUUCAGUGGUCAGUCUGAAAGUACUGUAAAUAACACAGACUGCUAAUAAACACAUAAUUUAUCCCAGAUAUUUGGUCAGUUAUUGCACCAAAACUCAUUUAUUCGAUGAUAUUUUAAAUUUAAAUAGACUGGUACCAAAAUCCAGAAUUGUGACACCCAAAGGCAUUUUUGAGACAAAGUCGGCAAACAGUCUUAUUUUGUCAAUUUGGGUGUGCCGAAUUCAAAUCUGCAAUAUGCCGAGCUCUAUCUGACCUCUGUUGACCUCUAGAGGUCAUUGAACUUUGGGCCUGUAAACGUCUCAGCUGAACCCAGUUUCUCAGCUUUCUAAGGAAUGAAAUGUACUAAAAUGAUUAAUCAAGUUAGCGA